AUGCAAAUCAAAGACGAUUCUUCCCUAAAAUGGCCAGAGAAGGUGAAGGGAGAUCCCAAUAAGCGCAAUAAGAGUAAAUAUUAUCGCUUCCACAGGGACCAUGAGCAUGACACAGAUGAAUGUUAUGACCUGAAGCAGCAGAUUGAGAAUCUUAUUAGACCAGGAAAGCUGAGGCACUUCAUUGGAAGGGAUCAUAGAGAUGAGAAGUUGAAAGGAAAAAUGGAGGAAUCGUCCCGGCCCCCACUAGGAGAGAUAAGGAUUAUCGUUGGAGGAAACUCGAUGGGGCAAUCUUCCAAGUCGAAGAAGACAUAUCUCAAAGUGGUGCAAAACGUCCAGCUAUCUGGACGAUCACCACGGACGAGGACAAGGGACGAGCCGGCCAUUUCCUUCACCGACGAAGAUGCUGAGAGGAUCCAUCACCCGCAUGACGAUGCGAUUGUCAUUACUCUGCUUAUUGCAGAUUAUACGACCGGGAGAGUGUUAAUUGAUAAUGGAAGCUCAACGGACAUAUUGUACUACCCUGCCUUCCAACAGAUGAGGCUUGGGCAGGAUCAACUUCGUCCAGUCUGCUCACCACUGAUAGGGUUCGGAGGAAUGAAGGUGCAGCCCGCAGGCACCAUUACAUUACCAGUGGUGGUAGGGUCAUACCCGCAGCAGAUAACUAGGGAAGUCAAUUUCCUCGUGGUGGACUGUUCGUCUUCAUAUAAUGCCAUUAUUGGAAGACCAACUCUGAACAGUUGGAAGGCGAUAACAUCUACCUACCAUCUAUCAGUCAAAUUCCCUACGGAGUACGGGAUAGGGCAAGCACAAGGAGAUCAGUUGGCAGCUAGAGAAUGCUACUUAGCCAUGAUGGCUUUGGAUGAACAGAUGUAG